AUGCACCAUGCCUUGGGAGUCUCAGAAAUUAUCACCCAGAUAUUUUCAUAUCUACCUACAUCUUCAAACGCCGAAAAUGCACGGGUCUGCAAGGACUGGUCGGACACCGCCCUCGACUUGGUCUGGGCCGAAAUAGGGGAUCUUGACGGUAUUUGGGGCUCGUUGGUGGAAACAAAGAUGGACGUUGAUGGGAAACUGGAAUUCUGGCGGAUCCCUACUCGGGACGACUGGAAGCCUUUCUUAACUAAUUGUACACGCAUACGCUCCAUCUCUUUCGACAACCCUCCUCGACUUUCGCAAACCACUUUGUACCAAAUUGCUGCCACUCGACCUGUAGUAACAUUAUUUCCCGACCUCCAAACCAUUAGCGGCGACAUCGACGCCCCAUAUUUCGGUCCGCCAUUCAUGAGCCCCACCGUACGCUGUUUGAUUAUGCGUGGCGAAAUCCUAGACGCCAAGCUCUUGCGCAGUCGGGCCCAGCAAAUAGUGGAGAACAUGCCAUUCUUGACGAGUUUCUUCUUUCGUGCAGGCGGCCGCCCUUCCCUCAUAGAGCCAGGGCUGUGUCGUUUGCUAGAAGCCUUGCCAGAUUUGACAAGGAUCCACCUCCCAAUGGACCAUUUCCUGCCUCACCUCAUGUAUCGACUCUCUCGUAUCUCCCGCCUGCGCUGCCUUGACUUCAGCUUUCCCGGCUCACAAAGAGAUCCCUCGCAACAUAAUCGCCAGUUCGUUCCCCGACUAGACAGUAACGCAUUUCCUGCCUUGCAGAAAUUCACGCUAUUCGCAACGUUACCGGAAAUGCAAAGCUUUCUACUCCAUGAGAAUUCCCCCACCCUCAAUUUGACGACUCUCUCCCUGGCUUUCUGCUACAACGGUUAUUCUCAUUCAUUGCGAGAUCUACUGGAAAACCUCGCGAUGGUGUCACCAGCGCUUGAAUCGCUGACAUUCUACACAGAGUAUGACAUCCUGCCACGCGUUGCCUUCACAGACUUUUCUGCUGUGCUCAAAUUUCCGUGCUUGUCCGAAUUUACCUUGAGCGGGGAUACAGAGAUGGCCUUUUCGGACGAGGAGGCAGAGCAACUUGCCUCACACUGGCCUCACCUGAUCAGACUGGACCUUAGUCCGGACUUUCCUUUCUCAACAUCUUGCGAGCUCACUCUUCGCUCACUCGCGCACUUCGCUCGAUAUUGUCCCAAACUCAAGGUUCUGGGGCUUUGCGUCGAUACUGAAUUCGACAUCCCUUCUCACACCGAAGCUCAUCGCUUCACAGCCCUCGAGGAGUUGAACCUCACCAUGUCUCCCAUCUAUUCGUCGCACAAGAUCGUACGAUUCAUAACAGCAAGUCUUCCGGACACCGCACAGUUCUAUUUCGUGGCAGACGAUCACGACGAGGCUGAACCAUUUAGUGAGACAUGGAAGCGUGUAGAUGAAACGGUAGCAGCGGUAUUGGAAGCUCGAAAGGAGACGAGGGUGGAGACAAUAAGGGGUGUGAGGGCGGAGAUGGAGGAUUUGCGGAGAGAGAAUGCAGCGCUCAGAUCGCAAAUUCAACAAGGGCAAGGCAGUUCGUAG